GUACAACACCCUGAGCAUCAUCCCAGCUGCUCUAGGGAAGCCAGUCCGGGAUGUUGCUGCCAAGGCAAAGGCCAUUGGCAUCCACGGGAACUUUUCUGGUGACCUGCUGCAAAGUGGAGGGAUGUUAAUUGUCAGCAAAGGUGGUGACAAGGUACUGCUGCAUUUUGUGCAGAGCUCUCCCGGGGACUACGUUCCCCUGGAAACCGUCCUCCAGAAGUUGGGCAUCUCUUCGGGUGCUCGCUCUAGUGAGAAGCCUCAGUGCAAUGAGGAAGUGUGCAUGAGAUGACGGGUCCAACUCCCAGAAGCAUCCUCCCCUGCCCGAUUCCUGUAGACGUUCUCCUCCUCCUCGAUCAGAGCCUGGAAUGGAGCCAAGACCUGCCCGGGAGCCAUACGUGACCCGUGAAUACUAUUCAUUAAAACUGGGUUAUCGAAUGACGUCUCGGAA